AUGAGAAUGCGCCAACGAACACCUCACCGGAAGUCGAGAUUUGGCUGCAAAGAAUGCAAACAGCGUCAUGUCAAAUGCGACGAGAGUCGUCCGUCAUGUGUCAACUGCUCGACUGCACUCCGGCGGUGCUCAUACCUCGAUGCUGAGACAACACUCCCGUCGCCAUCAGCGUUCAUGUACCAAUGCCCAAGCCCAGCGACAUCUACAGAGUCGUCGGCCGCAACAGCCGGUUCCGUUCCCUUUGUUGAGCCUCCCGGUUACCGGCCGCAGUACCCGCCAACCGAACCUUAUGACUUACGUCAUAUGGAGUUGCUCUUCCACUUUGAGCACGAACUAGGGUCAGCAUUUGGAUGGGGUGACUCGACUAGUAAAAGGUACCAGCAGAUGUCUAUCAAGCAAGCACUUCGGACACCUUACCUGAUGGACGAGUUACUUGCACUAUCCGCUGCUCACAAGAGCACACUUUCAGGACAAGACCAGAUGUUUUAUCGUGCCGAAGCAACACGGCUUCAAACAAGAGCGCUGUCACAAUUUAACAUUGCCAAAGCCGAGGUUUCAAACGACAACUUUUUAGCGAUCUUCCUCUACUCAACCUGGCUAGGUCAACAUGUUCUUUUCGAUACAUUUACACACCCGGGCGACUUCGCAACAAUCCUGGAUAAGCUAGUUCAUUGCAUGAACCUGCAUCGCGGCAUUCGCACCAUAGUUGCCGGCUCAUGGGCUACGUUACGAGGCCAUCUCAUGACGCACUUGGGCUCAGACUCUCACUUCAUAGACACCAUCAUAGUUGAACCAGAUCGAUAUGAGAAGGGGAACGAGUGCGCGGGUUUGAUCGAGCUUUUCGACAACAGCGACCUUGGUGAACCAACACGGAAUGCUUGCCGGGAAGCCAUUGAAGCUUUGCAGCUAAUGUUUGACAUUCAAAGAAAUCCAGAGCUGACGCCAGGGAGGCGUAUGGCGACUGUCCAGGAAUGGUCGAUAAGGAUUCCAACGGAAUAUGUUAACUUGUUAGACCAACGGCGACCGGAGGCACUCGUUGUCCUGGCCUAUUGGGGGGUUUUGUUGCAUCAAUCCAGAGGAUACUGGGCAUAUGCUAAUGCUGGCCGAGCACUUGUGCAGUCUGUUUCAGCUCAACUCGGUUCAUAUUGGGGGGAAUGGUUAGCAUGGCCACAAAGAAUGGUUGAGGAAUCUGAUCCUUCAAUUCUUUGCCAUACCCCAAUAGCAUAG